UGCUUGUCCACCCCAGCUCACGGGCACUGGCAGAGAUGUUUCGCACUCUCCCCAUCUCCUAGUAAGGUCUCAUCUCUCUCUCUACCCUCUCUCUCUGCAAGUUGUUUGCAUUUCCAGUACAGUUCUCACUUGAAGCCUGUGACCAUCGUUUCAGUUCUUGGUUGAUCAUGAGUAUUUGUCAUCUUUGAACUGAUAUAGAAGUUCAUGUGCCUCUUCCGUGCGUUGUUGAUUCUGGAAAGUUAAUCCGUUUUGCUGAUAGUGUGUAGCGGUUGAUGGGCAGUGGUCGUUUUUUCCUAUGAUUGGUAAUUAUCAUCUUUCGAAAUGAAGGUUUGGUUACUGAGAGUUUCUGCUUCUUUUCCCUUUCACAUCUGAAAUACGAAAGAACAUUGCGAAGUGGGCUGAUAGUCUUGGGUUCAGGUUUCUAACUUGGAACCCUCCAGACAUGAUGAUUCUUUGACAAUUUGACAUGUUAGAUGUAAGCUAGUUCCAUGUAUAAGAAAAGUUCGAAUGACUCCAGAAUCAAUACAAUUUGUGAAUCCCGUGUUAGGGACUGUGAUUCCGUUGACGGGAUGGAUCCUCAUUGCUAAACUGGCUUUCUUUAGUAAUUCUUGAACCCUGUUCCAGAUUAAAUCACCGUAUUGCAGUGUGGCAAUGUUCAGUACUUCUAUCAGACAAAUUCUUGUUUUCCUUUUGUUGUAUUUUGGUUGUGGGUGGCAAUGCUCUCCAUGUGACCCUUAGUAGAUAAAUCCUCAUAGGUAUGUUUAGGAUAUGAUGAUGCUGAUUUGGACCUAUUGAUCACUUUCAUCUAAGUAUCCUAGGUCAGUUUUGUUCUCACCAAGAACCUUGUUACCAACCUUGCUACUUCUCGGUAAAGUAAAGUUGUUUUACUGCAUGAAUCAUGGGGCCUUUGUUAGAUUUUCUUCAGUAGGGUAGGACCUGUAGGUGUCAUCCAACUCAUGUUGUGUCUUCGAUUUCAUCCAACGUUUUUCUUUGCCUCUAGCUCAAUAAGGUUUAGCUUAAACAAUGCGAUGCUUCCAUCACUUCCUGCUAGUGCCUUUGCUAAUAAAAUUUUGACUGAUCUUUUCCUUUGGUAUGCGCUUGAUCUGCUCUUUGAAUCUGAUCAAGAUGGCAUUGCAUGAUAAUGCCUUGACUUUAUUGUUAAAUGAUGGAAGUGAUUAAUGUUCUCCUCAUGAUUUCUUCCACGGCUCACAAUAAGAAUGGCUCGUUCCUCAAUCGACGAGGUCUCUGAAUCUGAUGCCUUGCGUACUUGAAGAUUAAAGGACUUGACAAGAUCAUUGGCCAUACGGUAGUCAAAUCGAAGUGGGAGAGAACAAAAGAUGGCGAAACACAUAUUGGAUGGGUCUUCCCUGUUUCCAACACUGAAGAACCUGGAGCAGAGCCUGACCCUAUAAAUGGAGCUGAAAGUGUGAGAGAACUUUAUGAGAUUGCAAGUUCUGUGGAAUAAGAAUCUGAAGACAAUCGUCAACAACGAGAGCUCAGAGAUCAUUCGCAUGCUUAAUUAUGAGUUCAAUGAUUUAGCAGAGAAUGCUGAUCUUGACCUUUAUCCUCCUCACUUGCAAGCCCAGAUAGACGAAGCUAAUGGAUGGAUAUAUGACUGUACAAACAAUGGAGUUUAUAAAUGUGGGUUUGCCAAACAGCAGGAGCCUUACGAAGAGCCUUUCAAGGAGACCAUGCUCAGAGAACAAUAACUAUGUUGAACGCCUCUUCUGAUAAUCAGGAAAUGGAGAAGUCAUCAGGAUAUGAUUAUGAAGUAUUUUUGAGCUUUAGAGGACCAGAUACCCGUAGAGACAUUACUGAUUACCUUUACACCAGCAUGAUUGAUGCUGGAAUUCGGGUAUAUAGAGACGAUGAAGAGCUCCGCAUCGGGAAGGAGAUCGGCAAUGAGCUUCUCCAAGCGAUUGAGCAAUCAAAGAUCUCAAUACCAAUAUUUUCUGAAGGAUAUGCUGACAGUACAUGGUGCCUUAGGGAGUUGGUCAAGAUGGUGGAGAGCAAGAACAGAAGGAGACAAAAGAUCAUGCCCAUUUUCUAUGAUGUCACACCAUCCGAGGUAAAAAACCAGACUGAGCACUACGACAAGGCCAUUGUUUCUCAUGCAAAGAAGAGGCAGUUUGAUGAUGAGACUAUCUACAAGUGGAAGGCUGCUCUCAAUGAGGUCGGAACACUGAAGGGAUGGGAUCUCCAAAGCAUGCCAAACAGAGGCAAAGGUGAAUUUGUGAAAGAAGUUGUCAAUAAUGUUUUGACUGAGUUGAAAACUGCCUACUUGGAAGUAUUUGAUUGCUUUGUCGAAGUAGACAAUCAUGUGGAUGAAAUCAUGAGUAUGAUAGGUUCACACAAUGAUGAAACAAUGAUUGUUGGAAUCCAUGGUAUGGGUGGCGUGGGAAAGACGACUCUUGCCAAAACAGUGUACAAUCAACUUUCUAAUAAUUUUGUUGAUUGUUGCUUCCUUUGUGACAUCCGAAAGACAGAGAUUACGCGCUUGCAGAAUCAGCUCUUGUCGAACAUCCUUAAAAUGAAAUGGCCUGAUAUCAAUAAUGUCAUGGAAGGGAAAAAGGCGAUCAAGGAAAGGUUGUGCUUCAAAAAAGUGCUUCUUCUACUUGAUGAUGUUGAUGAUGCAAGCCAACUUGAUGCGCUCGUGCAGAAGCGUGAGUGGUUUGGCAACGGAAGCAAGAUUAUCAUUACAACAAGAGAUUGGGGAAUUCUCAAAGUGCCCACACUUGUUGAUGGGACUUACGAACUUAGUGGCAUGGAUUUUCAUCAUUCUCUUCAACUUUUUAGCAAACAUGCCUUUAGAAGAGAUUAUCCCGUUGAGCAAUACAUCUCUCACUCUGAAAGAGCAGUAAAUAUUUGUGGCGGUCUUCCAUUGGCUCUUGAAGUUAUAGGUUCUCUUUUAUCUGGAAAAAGCGUAGAGGAGUGGAAUGCCACAUUAAAGGAGCUAGAAGAAUCUCCUCAAGAGGACGUUGGAAAGAAGUUGAUGGUCAGCAUUGAGGCAUUAAAUGAAAACCAAAGAAAAAUAUUUCUCGAUGUUGCUUGUUUUUUCAUUGGGUAUGAUAAAAGAAUUGUGAUUCACAUGUGGGAAAGCUGUAAAUUUCUUCCUCAUCAAUCUCUUGGAAUCCUCCAGCAAAGAUCUUUGAUAAAGAUUAGAGAAGGUAACCGACUGUGGAUGCAUGAUUGGUUAAGAGACAUAGGAAGAUACUAUAUACAACAUGGAAGCAGCAACAAGCCAGAGAAGCGACAAUGGUUGUGGAAUCAUGCACAAGCAUUGGAGGUUCUGGAAAAAGCCCCGAUAGGAGGUGAUGUUCGUGGAAUUGGAAGUAUUGAAGCAUUAUGUCUCAAGCUUGACAAACUAUGUCAAUACUACUUGAUAAAGGAAUGCCUAGCAAGUCUUUCAAAUCUAAGGUUCCUUCAAGUAGAUAGCAAAGACUUCAACGGAGACACAAAGCCCAUCCUUACUCAAGUGGGUCGUUUAUUAUGUUACCAGAGGUCAAAUUUUCGUCAAACCACAUUUGGCCCACUUAUCCUUCCAGAGCUGAGAUGGCUUUCAUGGAAUUACUUUCCUAUCAGUAUGAAGCUCACCAAUUUCUCCCUCAGGAAGCUUGUAAUCCUUGAUCUCUCGAUGAGUAAAAUCACGGAGAAAUGGGAUGGAUGGGGCUGCAUCAAGUUGGCUAAGAAUUUGAAGGUCCUAAAUCUGACUGAAUGCGAAGAAUUGCAUAAAACUCCAGACUUGUCUCUUCUUGUGAAUUUAGAGCAACUGAUUCUCGAAAAAUGUGGGAAUUUGGUUCAAAUUGAUCGGUCCAUUAGUUACCUUAAGAAGUUAGUCUUCUUAAACUUGAAGUAUUGUAAAAGUCUCCGAGAGCUACCGGACGAGAUGGGUGCACUCGAAUCUUUAAAGGAACUUCUUCUUGACUCUACACCUAUAGAAGAGAUCCGUGAAUGGAGAAGGAUGCAGAAACUGGAAUUUCUCAGCUUAGUUGGAUGUAGAUCACUGAACAAAUUCAGUUUGGUUGGUUGCGCAACAUCAAUAGUGAAGCUUUCAUUAGUGGAUAGCCAUUUGACUCAGCUACCCAAGUCGAUCGAAAAUUUCAAUUCACUAAUUGAGUUGGAUUUAUCGGGUUCAACAAUUCAGGAAUUGCCUGAUUCAAUUGGAAAUAUGAAGUAUUUGAAAGUAUUAAAGAUGCGCCGCAGCUCAAUAAGAAAACUACCUAGCACCAUGGGAAUGUUAAAGAAGCUCGAAAAGCUAGAGGCAGGGGGUCCAUGUUUGGGAGGGGAAAUUCCUGAUAACAUUGGGAAGUUACCAAUUCUAAGAAUCUUGGUAUUGACAGGCACGGGAUUUUGGGCUGUGCCUCCGCUUCCGGAAAGUCUGAUCACUCUAUGUAUUUAUACAUACUCAUUAGAGACGUUGCCCGACCUCUCAAACCUAUUAUAUUUGAAAACUUUGAGGUUGCAAUUGCGGGGUAAUCUCUCAAAUCCUUCUGAACUUGAAGCAGCUCCAAGUCCUUGGUGGAUUGGAAGAUUACGCAUGCUCGAGUUCUUGGACUUGUAUUCUCCUUAUAUUGCCACCCUAUCUUCCGAUCUCAUUCUCCUUUCUCAGCUGAAGCAACUCAAGCUUCACUGCCGUAAUUUGCAAUGCCUACCUAGGCUUCCUACAAGUUUGUCAUACUUACAUAUCAAGCUUUGCAGGAGAAUAAAAACAACAAAUGAUCUUUCGAAUUUGAAAGCGUUAUCAGAAUUGUACAUUAUUGAUUGUGACAGGCUAACAGAGAUUCAAGGCCUUGAAGAUUUGGAGAACCUGAGAACGUUAGAGCUUGCAAGGCUUCCAUCAUUGGCAAAGUUGCCAGAUUUGACUAACUUGAAGAAACUCAAGAAAAUGCAUCUAAAGGAUUGUACUAAGUUGUUUGAGAUUCGAGGUAGUCCAGAUUCGUUGGAGAUACUUCACAUUGUGAACUGUUCAAAACUGCAAAUGUUGCCUGAUCCAUCAAGCUUCACGAAUUUGAAAGUUUGCAAUCCAUGAAAUGGAUUAGAUUUGAUUACAAUUUACAUACAAGCAUUUUUUUGGUAUUGUUGACAUUUUUCUUUUGAAUAUUUAGAGUUAUAUAUGUAUAAAGGCCUUUAAUAGGUACCGUCUCUUAUUUGUAAUCUGAUUUUGGAUCUGAAAAGUAAAUCUGUCAUGCUUACUAGCAAAAUGAAUGAGAAUC